UCUCCUCAGAAUCGAGGUGACUCUGUCCAGUAAACCUCAGGAGGAGGACACAGAGGCAGACGUGGGUCUGCAGCUGAACGUCAGCUUCAUGGACAAGGCCGUCCAACGCAACGCCCGUCUGGCCGGGAAGUGGGGCCCGUCUGAGAACACCCUCUCUUACUUUCCUUUUGCACCUGGAGAACCCUUCAAGAUGGAGAUCGUUUGUGAGCACCAGCAGUUUCGGAUCCUGGUGGAUGGACAGCCUCUGUGCGGCUUCACCCACCGGCUGUCCCCGCUCGCCUCCCUCACCGCCUUGCGAGUCUUUGGGGAUCUUCAGCUCACCAAGGUGGCCUAGCUGCAGCAUCUCGCCCACAGACAAACAACAUGAAGACGUCCCGGGACUGUAUUUAUAAGAUUAGAAUAGAGCCACCUCCUGAGUGAAUAAAUUGACCCACGAUGGGGCUGUUGUGUUUCCAGACAAAAAGUGUAUACCCCUGCCUCGUAAUCACGUGAUAAGACAAAGUGCCUUCACUAGAUUACCUGUUUGAGGACUUGAAGAUACAGACGGAAUGUAACAGUCAACAAACUGAAUGUGAUUUGAACUGAAUUAAGUCGUAAACAAUGAAAAGUAAGCAACAAUAUUUUCCCCCUUCGAUGAUCAUUUGCACAAACCUGAUGCAUCGGUGGAAAAACGUCGCACUCCGUCAGAUUUCAGACGCGUGUCUUUAAUUUCUCCAAAGCUAACCUUUGAAAGCACCAACGUUUACGAGCGUCCUGCAUGGAGAUGAAUGUUUCUGGAACCAGCUGUGGCCGACAGGUGUAAUAAUGAAAACUUUAAUAAUGUCAAACAGUGGCAGUAACCUACAUUAGUGCAUGUGAGUGAUACACACAGUGUGUUUGCUUCCAGAUUACACACAGAGCUGAAGGAUUAGUCUCACUUUCUGUUCUCAUACCAUCAUCUUAAACUUACUUAAAGGAUUUACUCAAAAGCUACUGAGUCCCACUGCUUUCUGUAUUCUUCUUUUACCUCCAGCACUUUUUAUGGAAACGUAACAUAUCGACUUUACUUCA